AUGGCGCAGCGCUGGCGCUCGAAGGCGCGGCGCGACCCGGACCUGGACGACGCCGGCUCGCCCUCUCCCGCGCGGCCCCGCGCGCCCCCCAGCGACGACGAGGACGAGGCGGGCAACGAGGACCUCACCCUCGAGAUCGUCGCGCGGGCGCGGCGGCGCGGGGCCGCGGGAGGCCAGCCCGGGCUCGCCGAGGUGCUCCCCCUGUCCUCCGACGAGGAGGUGGACGAGGACGCCGUGGUGGAGCUCGGCGAGGCCGACCCCAGCAGGAGGAAGGACAAGAAGAAGAAGCAGCGCCGCAAGGAGAGGAGGAAGAAGCAGCGCAAGGAGGACGCCGCCGCCGCCGCCGCCGCCGACAAGGAGGAGCCUCAGGUUGCUGGCGCCCAGGAGGGACAAACUGGGACAGUGGAAUCAGUGCCCACCGAAAAUGGCGUUGAUGCCCCUGUAUCCGACAACACAGUUCUGCGGAAGCUUCUUCGUAUACCAAGAUACUUUGAUCCUGGGGAAACUAUAUUGGAGACUUGCUUUAACUGUGGUGAGGAAGGUCAUGUAGCUGUGAACUGCCCAAUGGAGAAGCGGAAGAAGCCUUGCUUCGUUUGUGGAUUGUUCGGACACAAUGCGAAGCAGUGCACGCAGGGUCAAGAGUGUUUCAUCUGCAAAAAAGGAGGUCAUAUGGCGAAAGAUUGCCCUGAUAAGCACACAAAGAAUACUCAGCAGUACACCACAUUGUGUUUGAGAUGCGGAGAAACCGGCCACGAUAUGUUUGGAUGUUCCAAUGAUUAUCCACCAGAUGAUGUCAAGGAAAUAAAAUGCUAUGUGUGUAACCAGAAUGGUCACCUCUGUUGCACCGACUUCUCUGAUAGUUGUUCAAAAGAAGUUACUUGUUAUAACUGUGCCCAAUCUGGUCAUACUGGUUUGGGAUGUGCCAAGCAACGUAGGGAGACAAGUGUUGCGACAACUCCGACCUUGUGCUACAAAUGUGGCGAAGAUGGUCACUUCGCACGUGGCUGCACAAAUAGUGCUAAGCCCGGCCGGUUCAAAGGCGAGUUGUCGUCGCAUAGUCGUAGAAAGGACAAAUGGAAAAAUGACUCUGGCCCUAGAUCAGCUCCUCAUGGAUCUCACAAAAGAAAAAGCCCCCUAUUCGAGGAUAGAUGGGAGACACCUCGUGGUAAAUCCAGAGCUAGGGGUGGUUGGAUUCCUGAGGACCAUGACGAUCUUCCAUCCAAGAAGUACAAAGGAAUUGGGUGGGACUCCCAAUCUACUCCUAAGAAGCCCUACAAUAAUCACCACCAUCGCUCCUCUGGCGGUGACUAUUCUACUCCUCAAGGACAAGAUUUUUCAUGGCACAACUCGCAAUAUUCUCCAAGUGCGAGAAAACACGGCUCGUCUUCGUCAAGAUUCGCCAGCAACACCCAUCACCGCUUUGAAAGAAGUUAG